UCCCCGCACUACACACUAAUGACGUACAUACGUACGUUUUCGUUAUGAGGACUGACGGUAUGGCGUCUGCGUAGCAACCUCCAUGGCGACGAGGAAGAUGUGGGUUGUUUUGUGUUUUGGUUAUGGGUCACAGUGUCAGGACAAAAAAAUAACAGUAGGUACAGUUGUUGAAUAGAGGCUAUGCAUACAAACAGAUAUCUCGCUGAAACAAGAGACGGAGCAUGGGAUACAAAAACCACGUAACUAUUACGUUAACUUAAUUUAUUGCUGUCUUACUGUAUUGGAUCGCCCAGCAGCUCAACCAUGCAGUACUUAGUCCAAGACCAUAUGUCUGCCCAUUAUAAGAAAGUCAUCUCUGCCAAAGCUUUGGUGGACAAUUCAGUGCCCAAAAGUUUGCUAGCCAGCAUUAAAUACAGUGACCAACAGCGAAGGGAAAAGGUGAAAAAGAAGGUAGACCGGUAUAAGAGGGGAGUUCUAGCUGCCAGGUCAUUAGCAGGAGAGAGCUACAGAAGUAAUGGCAGACAUUCUUCCACUGAAACUAUUAAGAAUAGCGUGCCAGUGCAAGAUAAUGGUGUUGAGGAGUUUUAUCCAUAUUCUGAAAGCAGACCUGCUUCAUCACCGAGAUUUGUAAUCUUUCCCCAUUCAAAGGCACAUCCGUCUGUGAAUGACAGCACCAGAGAAAAUGCUCAGAAGAUCUACUACCGCUCUUGUUCAGAUUUAACUUAUAGAAGCUCCACUUCUAAAAGGCAGUGUUCUGUGUACAGUCCGUCUGGCAGCGUUUUAAAAAAUCAAAAUACUGGCAAGUCAUUUCAGGAUCCAAAGCAGAAAACUUACAGUGGAGAUCUUUUAGAAAAGCAUUCUCAUAAUUUCAAAGAAGAACAGCUCUUCAUCCCAAGAACUUUGAAAAAGGACAACAAAUCAUUUUUGUCACAGUACAGGUACUGUACCCCUCCCAAAAGGAAACCAGAAAAAGAUAAAACAAGACUAAACCAGGAGGCCAAGAUAAUGACAAACCAGGAUACACAAACUGAGGAAAGCUGUGAAGCAGGCACUGCCUCACAAGAUAAAAAGUGUUUAACUGAAGCAGAGUGGGUUGUGCAACAGGCUGAUUAUACUGAACAUAUGUGGUCCGAUGAAGAAGCAGAUGCUGGAGAAAAUUCAGGAUAUGGUUUUCAUAUAAAAGAACCAAAGAGCAGCUUGGAAAAUACUGACCACAUGUACACUUUCUCAAGGUUGACACCGGAUAGAAUGAAGUCUCCAACUAUGAGGAAAGUCCAAGCUGAAGAAGAAGAGUUGAGGUACCUUAAAUUUGUUGCAGACGUAACAAACGAGAUCUUGACAAUGGGAUUGUAUUCUAACAGGGUUUUAGAACGUGUAUUUCAGCGGCAUGUAGAACAGAAUAAACAUCGACUAGACAAGGAUAAAAUGUGCCACCUGCUGGAUGUGCUUAGAGAUGAUCUUGGAUGCAGUUCUGAUGAUAAAUAUUCAAGGCUGACUGAAAGCAAUACAUUAUUUGGACACAGGGAGGCAACCCAUUUGCACUCUGAAAAUCUGAAGUUGAAUGGAGUUGACACAAGGAAUAACACAGAAAGUGCUUAUGUGCUAGGUGAAGAUUUGUGGAAUGGUGUAAUAUCUAAUUAUUCAUCUACUUCACUAUGUACAGAACAUAGCUAUCCUACUGCCUUACCAGAAUACCAGCAACAACAAGUUGAGGGUUUGGAAGAAAAGCCACAGGUUGAGACUCACAAAGGGAAAAGUAGCGACUUCACUAUUGUGGAGCUUGCUCCCGACAGUGAAAAUGAAGUAGAUGGAGGGUCAAAGGAUGUGGAGGAUCUUGGAAAGAAUUUAGCAGAAUCCUUGCUUGUUUCUGAUCAAAAUGAGCCUUGUGAGAUUCUAGAGGAGUCCUGUAAAAGAGAUUCAAAAUCAGAUUGUGACAUUAGUGAUGAAGAUUUUUGAUGCUGUCAAACUUUCUGUCACUGAAUUACUUUUGAAAGCCAGUGAUACAUAAAAUUGAUUUUAAUGUCUGACGAUUUACUGUUCAGGUUUUUUAAAUGCUCUGACAGUUUAAUGCCAAUGAAAGAGAUUCAGUCACAUAAAGGCUAGUAUUAUUAUCCAGUCUGAAUUGUUUACAUACUGCUUUAAACUGUUAUAUGUUUUAUUGUAAAUUACAUUUUGUUUUAUCAUGACAAAGCUUGAAACUAGUGUUUACAACUUUUAAAUAAAUAUUUUCUUGGAAUUAAUAAAGAUAAAUACAACUGUUAUAAUUUAGUAUGGGAGAAUCUAUUGAAGUAUAAAUGGAAGUACAAAGUUCAUAUAUGUGAAUGUAGUUUAUGUAUGUUUAUUGAUCUUCGUUCAUUAGAAAAAUGUUUACUGUUUCCAAAUAUUAGUAUGCUUCAGCAGCAUGGCACUAAAAAUAUUUAUAUGCAGUUGAUUUGAAGAAUUGAAUAAUCUAUCACGCUUUUUAAGGCAUGUUGCAGAGGUGUAGUAGUAAAGGCAAAUAUAAAUAUAGUAUACAACAGUAAGAAUUCAAGAGAUAGCAACACUUAACGGGGAGGAUACUUUGAAAGAGGAAUUUAUUUUUAUUUUAUUUUUUUCUUUUACAUGGCAGCACUGUAAAUAUGCUGGCCAGAACUUAGGGUAACUGUUUGAUUCACUUUUGGUGCCACUAUAUGUCAUGUACUAUUUUAAUCUUUUAAGUAUGUAAUCCUAUUGGAGGAAUAGACACUGCAAAACCAAGAAAGGCUGAAUUCGGACUGAAUCAAGACUUUUUAAACUUUGAAAAUCAUAUUUUUAGAAAGGCUAUCCAUUUAAAAUUAUAUUGUAUUUCAGUUAGAUUCAGUUUUAUAUUUGACUCCAACCUGUCUUUAUGCAUCUUUUAUUGUUUUCGAGUAGUGGUUAGCUGAAUGGUGUUUUUUUUUUGUUUUUUUUCCCCCCCAAAACAGCAUCAAUUCUAAUGUUUCUGAGGCUGAACUGUAUGUUGGCAACAGUAUUCCAAGUUAUACAAAGUAAUUUACAAAAUAUAUGCUAAGAGUUCAUACCAUUUUUUAAUACAAUGUUGUAUCUCAUGUUUGAUCUAUGCAAGAGUAAUAUGUGGUCAUUGUGAAAAGAAAAACUGUCCAAAAGAAUGACAUUUAUCGACCCGACCAUUUAAAUCAUUGCUUUUGUCAUGUCAUCCUUUUGGACAGUUUUUCUUUUCAUUCUGUGAAACCUAACAGCACAGGUACUUUAUUUUUUUUAAAGAAAACUGUGAUUUUAUUUAGAGUAAAUUUAAGUAAAAUACCUUGUUUAACUUUG